AUGAGCCCAAGCAACGACUUUGCGCCUAAGGUGACACUGCUUGACGGUACCAACUAUCCGUUAUGGGCAUUUAUGAUGAAGAUGUACCUCAUUUCCAAGGGGUUAUGGGAAGCAAUAAACGCCACAUCUGGCGUCUCCGAGGCCAAGAAGCAGCAGGCGCUUGCGUCAAUCGUUCUCAACUUGAGCGAUACUCAGAUCAUGCAUGUCAUAACAACGGAUAGUGCACGCGAAGCAUGGGGAGCCCUCGCACGAGUUCAUCGGACUCAAGACAUGGCAAAUCGGCUUCGGCUGAUAGAGAGGUUUGCUACAUUCAAGUAUACCGCGACGGACAUGAGUACUCACAUUAUGGAGCAGGAGCGACUCGUGCUGCAGAUGAAUGGAGCCAUGUGUGGACCAAGUUUUUCGCAGGAGCGUCCACAGUUCAGCUUUAAAGAUCUGGUCAGCAAGCUGAUCGCUGAGGAAGGGCGCAAGAAGGACACAUCGCGCAUUGAAGAUGAGACAGCUUAUGCCGGAAAACGACAGCAGAAAAAUGCUACAACAAAAGAAGCGGUGGUCACCAAAAGGAAGGGUCCGGUGUUCAGUGCUGCAGUCGUGGUAAGCGCGGACAUUACGCACGCGACUACCGGAAACAGAAACAUGAUAGAAGCGAGAGGCAAGAAGUUCACUUGA